AUGUAUAUUAAUAUUAUUCCUUUCAGUGCGCCUAAUAAAUAGUCUUCUAUCAGUUAGUAAAGACAGUUUCAAGUAAUAUUGCAAAAAUUUAUAAAACAAAACAUCCUCUUUAGCACCUUUAAGUACUGACUUAAGAGUUGUGAACUAAGGACUACAAUGAUUUCAACUCAAAAUGGCCGCCCUCAACCUCUGAAUCAGCCAAUAGUGAGCCUGCAAGGGUGAAGUCACAGCACCAAUUAUUUAAUGUUAUUAUAAAAAAAAAUCAUUUAAAAAGACACUGAAAUGUUUUAAUAUUUACAUUUAUUUUUAAAAAAUAGCUUUGCAUUGUGCAAAAUUAUCACAAGUUAGUACUGAUGGUGUGGAAUCUUUUUCUAUUGAUAUAUGUCUCCUCAUUUACAGUUAGAGCAAUGAUGUAAACAUGAGUUCCAUCAAUGGCUCCAACAACUUUCUCUUGACAUCUGAAACCUGUAGUUGUAGUUUUCCUCUUCUUCUUCUUUUUUUUUUUUUUUUUUUGCCAGUAACUCCAAUACACUAUAUAACUCCAACACAUCAUAUCUUCAUUGGAAAGCGUGUGUCUCCUCUUCUUUCUGCCAUCUUGUUACUCCUAACUAGGUUUGGAGGCCUCUCCAGCUCUCCUAAAUAAUUUAGGAGUUGAGACCUAGUCUUGACUCUUAGGAACCUUUAUGAAUCACACUUAUUCUUAAGUCUAAGAAUAAGAGUAAAAUUACAUCAUUCUUAGAAUUUUGACACACUUAAGACUAAAAUUUUACUCUGAGUGGCUUUAUACAUAGGGACCCAGGCCUAUUGUCUCUUGCCAUCUCUCGUACGUCUUUCAUCUUCCGGCAAUCGCGCUCCCAUUGCGCACUCAUCUCCUAUUCGAGACGACCACCUUCGGCAAAACCUGCUUUCAAGUUACCUCAGUUCAAACUUCCUGCGGAUGCACGAAAGAAGCCAACGAACCUCAGCCACGGAUGCACUGAAUCUCCACACGUAUCUAUCUGAAACUCAGCACUCAAAUUCAUGCAAGCAACCAAUCGAUCUUAAAGUCUCCGUGAACCGGAAGUUGUAAAUGUCUUUUCUCCAGUGUUGUGACGUAUUUCCAAGUGAAACGGAAUAUUGAAUAGUGGGCAGAGUUUUACUUUAGCGCUCCUCCUCUCCAUCUCUCGCUCAUAGCAGACUAAUGGUUACAGAGGAGUGGUUUAUGCAUUUUCAACCCAAGCCGUCAAACUGACGUCAUCAGAGAAGACACACCAUUCCAGACUGGAAGUAACUUUUUUGAUUAAAGAUUACCAUGACAAUUUUCUUUCUGUGUAUUAACUUGUACAGAUUAAUUGUUCACCACAAGACUAGUAAUAUGUUUAUAUGCCCCUAAUAAGGUUAUGUGAUUUUUUGUUGGCUCUCUUCUUUAGUCUUCCCUCUCUUUCUUUAUUUACUUUAGUUAUUCUGUGUAUAUAUAUGUACUCUUAGCUUAGAUUUAGUUGUAUGUAUUCCUAUAUUCAUGUAUUAAAUCCAUUGUGAUCAUGCUUGAUUGUCUCUGUUGAUGCUCAUGAAUGAACCAGGUCAUUUUAACAUUUUUAAUUUUGCUAGCUAUAUGUUUUUGUAAGUACUAGGAUAGGAGAAUUCCUCUUGGCCAGAAGAAUGACCUCAUUUUUAAGAGUCGACAAAAGAUCGGACUGAUAAGUUUUCUAAAACUUUCUAAAAAUUCUAAAACUAAACUAAUUCUAGACUGUCACGAAGAUACUCCGUGACCAUAUACAGACUAUGGGGCACAUUCCCUCAUUUCUCAUAUACACACACAUAUAUUUACAUUGACUUCUGUGAUUCUGGAAAGAUAUAUGUUGUGUGCAAUUUAUGUAGAGUUAUUGUGAAAGUGUACAUGUUUGGUUGUAUAUUCUGUUAAUGUUUCACAAGUUGGUCAUUCUUAAGUCUAUAAAUAUCUACAAGACAGUAAUACAGGUUAAGACAUUUAUUGAUGUAAGUACCACAGAUAUACAUACCAGUCAGGAGCAUUAUUGGUUCAAAGCCUUAUGCGCAUAUAUCUAGUUAUUUUUUGAUGUAUUGUUUUGCUUAUAGGAGAACUGUAUUUAUGGAGUUUAUGUGUGGCUUGUGUAAACAUGUUUGACUACCUGUUGUGAAUGUGAAUGUGUUAUGUUAGACUUACCUGCAGCAUGGUUUGUUCCGUAGGUGGGGCCACGACUUUAAGAUGGCCACUGUAACAUUCAGUAAGCAGGUGUGGUGAGUGUGGUGUAAGCAUGGUUGGAGUACCGACACUUUUUAGUCUGUUUGGUGCAGCAAUAGACUGUUGUUACGAAUAUUUUUCCUGUCCUGUACGGCUUUGUUUAUUUCUUUGAUUUAUUUUUUUGUUUGUAGCACUAUUUUUUUUUUCUUUGCAUUGUGGGAUUUUUCUACUUUUUGUAAAAUAAAUUUUGCAUCAAACAUAUUCCUGCUUGUCCUGGUCACCUCACUGCCUCUAACCGCAAGGUUCAUCCACAACAUAGAACAUAUAUAUUCAUAAUUAAUUAUAAUUAGUAAUUAAUUAUCUAUAUAUACAUAAUUACAUGGUUGAUGCAUUAUGGCUUAAUUAUAUUUCACCCAUUUGAGCUAAUUUGUUACAGUAUAGAUGAAUUAUCUAAAUGAAUAAUUAAUGCUUUUACUAUAGAAAUGAAUUAACACUGAACUUACUAAAGCUGGACAGUGACAUUAUUUUCCUCUAGAGCUACUGUACAGCUGAAAUGAACAUAAAAAAAGUGCUAUAUAUAGAAAGGUGACUCAACUUGAUUUUACAAAAUUAAAACUUUCAUGGGGAGUGAAGGAACUGUAAUAUGGACACAGUUUUCAGUCCUGCAGUACCAGUGCAGUGAUUAGGAUGCAGUAUUGCUGUGGUUUUUAGCUGUGUUGUCUGCUUAUCUAUUACAUAUAUUAUUUGAGUGUCUGUUUGAGGCUGACAUCUAGUGGAUGUUUUAUUAUCUGUGACCUUUAGACUUGCAGAGAAACACGUCACUCAAACACAGAACCAGGAAACAGGAAUCACAUGAGUUCAGGGAAACUGAAACUGAAGUGUAGUUGAUCUGUUGUGUGUUUGUGUCUCUGUAUUCAUGCAGUAAAAUGGCAGAAGCCAGAAUUUCAGUGGAUCAGAAUGAGUUCCUGUGUCCAGUGUGUCUGGAUCUCCUGAAGGAUCCAGUGGCCAUUCCCUGUGGACACAGUUACUGUAAGAGCUGUAUUACGGACUGCUGGGAUCAGGAGGAUCAGAAGAGAGUCUACAGCUGCCCUCAGUGCAGACAGACCUUCAGUUCAAGACCUGCUUUAGCUAAAAACACCAUGCUGGCUGAAGUGGUGGAGAAACUGAAGAAGAUUAAACUUCCUGCUGACUGUUACGAUGGAGCUGGAGAUGUGCAGUGUGAUGUCUGUACUGGAAGAAAACACAAAGCCGUCAAGUCCUGUCUGGUGUGUCUGGAGUCUUACUGCCAAACUCAUUUUGACCGUCAUGAGGAAUUUCACUCACGUAAGCCACAUAAAGUGACUGAAGCCACUGGACGACUGCAGGAGAUGAUCUGCCAGAAACACGACAAGAUCCUUGAGGUUUUCUGCCGCACUGAUCAGAAGUGUAUAUGUGUGCUGUGUAUGGAUGAACAUAAAAACCACGACACUGUAUCAGCUGCAGCACAGAGAACAGAGAAUCAGCACCAGCUGAAGGAGACACAGAGGUCGUUCCAGCAGAGGAUCCAGCAGAGAGAGAAAGAUCUUCAGCAGCUGAGAGAGGCUGUGGAGUCUCAUAAGCGCUCUGCACAGACAGCAGUGGAGGACAGUGAGAGGAUCUUCACUGAGCUCAUCCGCUCCAUUGAGAGAAGCCGCUCUGAGGCCACACAGCGGAUCAGAGAUCAGGAAAAGACUGCAGUGAGUCGAGCUGAAGGACGACUGGAGCGACUGGAGCAGGAGAUCAAUGAUCUGAGGAGGAGAGACGCUGAGCUGGAGCAGCUUUCACACACACAGGAUCACAUCCAUUUCCUGCAGAGUUUCCAGUCUCUCUCAACUCCUCCUGAAUCUACAGAUGUAAAUGACGAUCCCUUCAUUUCUCUCUCCUCUUUUGAUGUUGUGAGAGAAUCUGUCCGUCAGCUGAGAGAAAAACUGGAGGAUUUCUGCAAAGCGGAGCUCAAGAUGUUCUCUGACAGAGCCACUUACAGCAACAUUGUUCACUGGAGCAGGAACGACUUCCUACAAUAUUACCAUCAGUUCACUCUGGAUCCAAACACAGUGAAUGAAAACCUCCGUCUGUCUGAGAAUAACAGAGUGAUUACAUUUACUGGCUCACUCCAGUCGUAUCCUGAUCAUCCAGACAGAUUUGAUGAUGUAUGGCAAGUGUUGUGUAGAGAGAGUGUGUGUGAUCGACGCUGUUACUGGGAGAUUAAAUGGAGUGGAGAUGAUGGUGUGCAUAUAUCAGUGUCAUAUAAGAGCAUCAGCAGGAAGGGACGGGGUAAUGAGUGUCGGUUUGGAUCUAAUGAUCAGUCCUGGUGUUUGUACAACUUUGACUACAGUUACACAUUCAUACACAAUAACAUAGAGACUAAACUCCCUGUAGAGUCCACCAGCAGUAGAAUAGGAGUGUAUGUGGAUCACAGUGCAGGAACUCUGUCCUUCUACAGAGUCUCUGGAGACACAAUGAGCCUCAUCCACACAGUCCAGACCACAUUCACUCAACCGCUCUAUCCUGGGUUUAUUGUUUAUCCUGGGUAUCGGAUUAGAUCAGUAGUGAAACUAUGUUGAUGAAUCAGAAUAAAUUCUACCCAUAAUGCUUUGAGCUCAUGAUAAAUUAGAAACAGUGAGAUGUUAAAGAGUCUCUUAUUUUCUCUUCAUUACAUUAAUACUACAGCUGAACUUCUGUCAGUGAAAUAACAUGUCAGGCCCUGUCCACACAAACAAGGGUAUUUUCAAAACCGCAGCUUUUUCUGUGCGGUUUGACCGUUCGCCCACACUUCCUGCCAAGGUGAAGAUUUUUAGAAACUCUAAAAAAUGUCGGAACCAGAAAUAACCUUUUUUCCAGGCUUCUGAUUGGCCAACAUGGCUUUACAUUUAGGGUUAUAUCGCCAUCUGUUGGUUUGGCAUGCUCUUUACAGCGUGUUUUUUUGUUUUCAUGUGAACACGAUUUUUAAAAUAAGGAGAAAAAACUCUGUUUAUAAAAAUACCCAUGUAUGUGUGGACUAAGCCUCAGAAUAAAUGUGUGUAAUGAAUCCUCAUAUAGACAGUAAGAUCAGUGUGUGUUUGUGAGUCAUGAUGAGUGACGGUGUGUAUCUGUGCUUUUCUUUGCACUGAUCAUUUCCUUUUAAUUAAAAUGUUCACACACAGAAUGAAUUAAAAUGUGUCUUUUCA